AACUGCCUUUCAUACUGAUUCACGUCAUAAUAUAUGCGGUGAAUAAAGUGUAUUGUGAUUUUUGUAUAUUUUCUUACAUAAUUAACACUCUGUAAAUGUUAUUUUAAUAAUCGGAAAACGUUAAGUAGUGUCAUAUUAAAAUGUUCAAAACUUUAAUAAAUUUAACAAAACUUUCAUCGUUAAAAACAUUUUGUGGUGUUGAAUCAAUACUUGAUUCUGUGAAAGUUGCUCGUGUUCCAUGUGUAAAUAUAACCUCGAAAUAUAGUGAAAAAGUAUCACAUAAAAGGGAAUAUCGGAUUAAAGAAAAAGGAAAUGAGGGUACAAUUGGAGAACACACUUAUGAUAUUGAUUAUAUCAAAAAUCAAAGUGGAAUGUUUCCCGACAAAAAUACACCAUCACUUAUAUUUGACGGUGUAAUAUUUUCAGAAUUAUCAAUUUGUUAUAUAAAAACUACGCCUAACAAUACGAUAUUUUCAUUGACUGAUCAUUUAGGCAAUGUAACCAUUCAUCACAGCUGUGGAGUAGAAGGAUACAAAAAUUCUAAAAAAGGUACUAAUGUCGCUGCACAACAAACGGCCAUAACUUUUGGUUCGAAAGUCUUAAAGAAUGGUAUAAAAAAUAUUAGAAUUGUUAUUCAAGGACUUGGACCAGGAAGAGCGUCGUCCGUCAAAGGUCUCGAGAUGAGUGGAUUAAAUAUAAUAUCACUCACUGAUCGGACUCGAGUUUCAUGGAAUCCACCGAGACCGAAAAAAGUGAGACGUGUUUAAAAUUCAAAAUUACAAUUUAAAACUGUAUAAAUAUAAUAUUUAAUUAUUAAAUAUAUGUUUUUUUUCUAAA